UCGAACCCGGAAGCGCCGUCCCUCCUUUUCCCACGUCUGUUGCCCGGGACGAACUGCCUUGGGCCGGGCUGCCUGCUUGCUUCCGACUUCGCCGCCGCCAUGGGAGGCAAGAACAAGCAGCGAACGAAGGGCAACGUGCGGCCCUCUAGCAGUGGUAGAGCAGCAGAACUUCUUGCCAAAGAACGAGGAAGUGUUCCUGGGUUUGUUGGCUUCGGCACAUCUUCAAGUGACCUAGGCUAUGUCCCUGCGAUUCAAGGCGCUGAAGAAAUAGAUAGCCUUGUGGAUGCUGACUUUCGAAUGGUGCUGAGAAAACUUUCCAAGAGAGAUGUUACAACCAAAUUAAAAGCUAUGCAAGAAUUUGGAACAAUGUGUAAGGAGAGAGAAACAGAGAUUGUUAAAGGAGUCCUACCUUAUUGGCCUCGAAUUUAUUGUAAAAUAUCUGUUGAUCAUGAUCGUCGGGUCAGAGAAGCAACACAGCAAGCUUUUGAGCAGCUUAUUUUGAAAGUUAAGAAACAUUUGGCUCCUCAUUUAAGAAGUCUUAUGGGACACUGGCUGAUAGCUCAGUGUGAUACUUACUCUCCUGCAGCGUCAGCAGCUAAAGUGGCAUUUGAAAAAGCCUUUCCACCAAGCAAGCAGCCUGAAGCCCUAGUAUUUUGUAAAGAUGAAAUUCUGAAUGUACUCCAAGAUCACCUUUUGAAAGAAACACCUGAUACACUAAGUGAUCCACAAACUGUGCCAGAGGAAGAAAGGGAGGCCAAGUUCUUUCGAAUUCUAACAUGUUCUUUGUUAGCUUUAAAGAAAUUGAUUUGUAUGUUACCUAGUAAUGAGAACAGUUCAUUGGAGGAGAAACUUAAACCUCUGCUGACUCAAAACAAAUUUUGGAAAUACGGGAAGCACAACUCACCACCGGUUCGUUCAGCUUUUUUUGAGCUGAUUUCUGCUUUUUGUCAGUACAUUCCUGAGUCAAUGAAAGCUGAAGCUUCAAGAGUUUGCCCAGCAGUUCUUCUCAGCAUUGAUGACAGUGAUGCCAUUGUAUGCCCUGCUCUUUGGGAAGCUGUACUUCAUGUCCUUACUUCUAUUGAGGAUUGUUGGAGUCAUGUGAAUGCAAAAAAGGGAGUCCUGCCAAAAAUAUGGGCAGUCCUUCGAGAAGGAGGACGAGGUCUUGCUACAAUUAUAUAUCCUAAUCUCUUGCCUUUCAUUAGCAAGAUACCUCAUGGUAUUACAGAACCGAAGCUGGACUAUUGUAGAACGUUUUUCACCACCUUCAUUCAAGGGUUGAUGACUGAAAGAGCUAUGGCUAGCCGUUCAGAAUGUUCAGCAAUCAUUUCGGCUUUCAUGGAAUGUUUACGAUUUACAGUGCUACAGAAUAUAGGUGAAGAAGAAGAAGAAAUUAAAAUUCAAGAAAUGCUUAUAAAUGAUCAGCUAGUUCCCCUCAUUGACACAGUGAUUAAAGAGCCCAGGUUACAAAAUGGACCUUUGUUUUUUGAGGUAGCAGGCGUCUUGCGCUUUUGGAACACGCGAGCAGAAAUUUCAAGUGGUGGUGGAGCUGCUCCCACUUUCCAGAGAAUAUUGUCGAACUUUUGGGAUGGCCUUUCAACUAUAUGUGUGGGGCACAUUGAUGUAAUAGAUGCAGAUGAGAAAUCUUUGGCUGCUGUGUCCUCUUUGCUACAAAUCCUUCAGAACCCAGAAAAUAAGAUAAAACCAAGCAAAAGAAAAGCUGUGAAGAUCAGGUUUGCAGAAGAUGAUGAAGCUGAAAGCAACACUGAACAUGAAAAUUUUGUUGAUAUGAGAAGCAGCAAUGAUCCUGGCACUCUUAUUCAUGCACAACAUCUUUCCCCUCUACAGAAAGAGCCUUUAGAAGAUUUAGUUUGUAAACUUGCAGAACUGAGUAUUGUGUAUACCAAUGAACAAAGGUCUGACCGGCACUUAAAGUUCCUCUCUGCUCUCCUCAGUAACUUUGCUUCCAGUAGAGUCUUCCAGGUGUUGUUGGAGAAUAGGACCAAUAAUCAGGAAGUAGCAAAGCUUCAGUAUGGAAAUCCUUCUAUCCAAUUUCUCUAUGAAAAUCUAAUUGAUUGGCUGAAAGAAGACUGGAGAAAAGAGACGGAUUUCUUGGUUGAUAUUUUGUAUAGUGUCCUCCAUUGCUGCAGCAAUGCCCCAGAGAGAGAAAACAUUCUAAAUGACUUAACAAAGAUGGAUCUGAAAUGGAAUAUUCUUCUUCAGAUAAUUCAAAAGGCAUGUUCAAACUCAGAGAAACAUUCAUUGAGUUCUGCUUGGUUGAAAGGAGAUGUGUUAGGAGAAAAGCUUGUAACUCUGGCUGAUGACUUGUGCAACACAAGUUUGAAAACGAUAGUAGCUUCAGCAGAAUCUUUUCAUUCAGAAAGAUGGACUCUACUAAGCUUGGUGUUAUCUCAGCUUAUUAAAAAUGAGUCCUUGAUUGGUGAAGUUUAUGUUAAAAGGAUUAUUGAUAAACUUCAAGCAGCUCUGUCUAAAGCAAAGGAUCUUUCUGAAGCUGGAAACACAGAACCAUCGGUGUCUUUCAUCUGUGACAUAGCCUCUAACUUUUUCAGCUCAGUUAAAGGAUGCUUGUUGAUGCCAUCAUCAGAAGAUUUGUUGCUCACCAUUUUCCAGUUGUGUGCACAAAGCCAGGAUACAACACAUUUGUCAGAUUUCCUUGUGAAUAAGCUGAAGCACACAUGGUUGUGUGGCUUAACUUCACUUGUGCAUCACCUUAGCGAUAUGCAUAAAGACAGCACCUUCCUGCAGAGAUCUGCAUUUUGGGUCAAGAACCAACUUCAGUCCUCAACGCUGGAUGUUAAAAGUUUGCAGGUUUUGAUCACAGCAGUUCAUGACUUGUUGACUAAACUUUUGGAAGCUGAUAAAGUUCCUACUUAUACUCUGAAGAAUUAUUUUGAUUGGCUCACUCCAAGUGAGUCUGAAUGGGAAAAGAUGCGGAGAUCUCUAUCCAAUGAGUGGUUAAAGAAACCACUUUUGGAAGGAAGACUGAGUAUGAAUUGUGAAAUACCUGAAAUGGUGAAAGAUCAGAAGCUUUGUUUCAUGGAAAAACUUCCAAGCCACCUAUGUACUGCAGCUCUGUUAAGCAGAAUGACACUAUUAAUACUGGGAAAUGGGGUUGAAAACCAUGAAGUGGAAAGAAGCAAAACUGAAAAUAUCAUUGCAGAACAGCUAUAUGCCUUACAGUGGAUUGAAGAACUAGCAAACCCACCCAGCCUUCUUAUUGAAUUCCUUCACCAGCUGCAAGUAAUGAAUAUUUCAUGUGAAAAAUUAUUCAUACUCAGUAAUACAAAUGGCCUAUUAAGAAUAUUAUUCAAUAGAUCAAAAGACUGUGGACGACUUUGGGCCUUAACCAUGGCUAAAUUGAUAAAAACUGAGAAUAUUGCAUCCUGUGAGAUAAAAGGACUAUUCAGUACAUCAGAAAGGUUUUUUCCAUUAACGGAAGGCAACUUGCACACACUUCAGAAUCUGUCUUCAUUUUUACUCCAGGAAGACAAGGAAGAGCUUGUCAUUCAGUGCACUGCUAAACUAAUGACCUGCAAUGAAAGUGGACUUUACAGUACUGAUGGAGCUUUUGGAUAUCUUGCUAUUUUAAAUUCCUGCUUGAAUUGUGGAAGCAUUGAUUAUGGAGAUCUAAUGCCUGGAAUAUUAAAAAUCAUCAUAUCCUGGCGAAAUGACUAUGAGGACAGCUUUCUUUUUAGCUGCAAUCUACGGGAAGGAAGCCCACAGGUGCUUGGCUUGAACAUAGAGAUGAUCCGGUUUAUUUCUUUGUUGCUGAAUGAUCCUUCCUCUUUGCUGGAGAGUGAGUGGGAUUUUGUCAUGUGUUCCAUGCUGGCCUGGUUAGAGACAACAAGUGACAGCCGGGCAGUCUUUCCUGUUGCCCUUGUGCAAGUGUUUGCCUGUGUCAGCUGCGACUUGAGUGCUGCCUUGAGUGCUUUUUUCCAGGCAGCAACUCCUGAAAUCACUGAAAAACUUCCACCAAACCUCAUGGCUGAAUGGCAGGAAUUCUUUUCUGAAGGCAUUCAUAGUUUACUUUUAUCUUUGCUGGUAAAAAUUACAAGAAAAGAAAAAGAUGCAUUGGAAACAUCAUUUCAGAAUUUCAUGUUGAAAUCUUUGGGGAAAGCUUUAAUGUACAUUUCAAAGGAUCAGUUAUUGAACCACAAACUUCCUGCCAAAUUUGUUGCUGGCCAGAAGACAAAUCUCCCUGAUAAACUACAAACCUUGCUCAAUACUUUUUCUCCAAUGCUGCUCUUCAGAGCCAGACCUGUUCAAAUCACAGUCUUCCAUAUUUUAAAUAAGUUAAUGUCUGACUUGCCUAAAUUUGACGACGAGGAUCUCAAAUCCUAUGGUGAUGAAGAGGAGGAGCUAUCCUUGUCACCACCAGCAGCUCUUAUGACUGUGCUUGCCACUCAGGAGGAGUUAUUGGAAAACAUCCUAGAAGGCAUUCCGGUUGGAGAGUUUGCAGUUAUUCAACCACUAAGUGAUGAGUUUUGCCUUGUUUUAGGAUACCUCCUCACCUGGAAAUUAAUACUAACUUUCUUCAAGGCAGCAUCUUCUCAGCUGCGAGCUCUUUAUUCACAAUACCUCCGAAGAACUAAGAGUUUGAAUAAACUAUUGUAUCACCUGUUCAGGCUUAUGCCAGAAAACCCAGCCUUUCCAGGAUCGACAGCUGAACUCCCAAGUAAGGAUGUAAAAACGUACUUUACUGAAGAGCUUGACUUAGACAUCAAAGACACCUCAUCGCUGUCUUCCCACAUCCCUCAUUUGGCAUGUUCUGUUUACUGUAUGACAUUAAAAGAUUUGCCAGCCAUGGUUCGUCUUUGGUGGAAUAGCUGCGAGAAACGAGUCUUCAACACUGUAGAUAAAUUUACAAGCAAAUAUGUCAGCAGUGUACUUUCUUUACAAGAAAUAUCUUCAGUGCAGACCAGUACACAGUUGUUUAAUGGAAUGAUGGUAAAAGCUCGAUCUGCUACGCGAGAAGUCAUUGCUACCUACUCAGUUGAUGAUAUCUUCAUUGAACUGAUAAUACAGCUUCCUCCAAAUUACCCCCUCAGUUCCAUAACUGUUGAGAGUGGAAAGAGAGUUGGUGUAGCAGUGCAGCAAUGGCGCAAUUGGAUGCUACAGUUGAGCACAUAUCUCACUCAUCAGAAUGGAAGUAUCAUGGAAGGCUUAGCAUUAUGGAAAAACAAUGUGGAUAAACGCUUUGAGGGUGUCGAAGACUGUAUGAUCUGUUUCUCGGUCAUACAUGGCUCUAACUACUCUCUCCCUAAAAAAGCUUGCAGAACAUGCAAGAAAAAGUUCCAUUCAGCCUGUCUGUACAAAUGGUUUACAUCUAGUAACAAAUCCACCUGUCCGCUUUGUCGGGAGACCUUCUUCUGAAAUGACUUCUCUGCUUCAAUGAACUUCUAACAAGAAAAUCAACAGCCACAGUUGGAUUUAGCUGUGAAACGCUAAUUUUAGCUUUAUUUACAAAUAAAAAUCUUAAGUUGUUUGA